AUGACCAUACCGUUUCCGGUACGAAGCUCACGUAUACCUACAACCCUGUACCGAAUUGUGUUCUUCCGCAAAAUGAGCUACCAGGGAUUUAUUGCACCGGAAAAAAUUGUCCCUCCUGUACACCGUGACAUGAAGUCGCUGGAUAGAAGUCUAUUUUCGUUGACCUUUGACGUCUGGACGGUUAUCUUUCCUGACGUUGCACAAAUGGGUGAGUUUAUUAAAAGAUUUAAACAGGAUACUGUACAAAUCUCGCGACUGCCGUUUUUGUUCCGACUGUCUAAGUCAGAGAACAAGCUCGAGGAAUAUCCCAAAAAUCCAGAUUACAAGGCUGUUGCACUUAAUCACAAGAUCCAUUCGCUGGGAGACAUAGAAGAUCAUAUUUCGCCCGAGGCACGAAAGUAUAUACAAGAUUGUGAUGGCAAGUUUUUCAAGCACAGGUUCACACUGGACUACAAUUUCUGGAGAGCAGACGAAAUACUCCAGAGCAUUCUUCCAGAAAACCUUCUGCACGGGGUGCCGACUUCUUUCACUAAGACAGGCCAUGUUGCUCAUGUGAACCUGAAGGAUGAAUACAAGCCGUACGACUCUCUGAUAGGACAGGUGAUUCUGGAUAAAAACCCGUCCAUCAAGACUGUGGUGGAUAAACAGGAUUCGAUCGACACUGUUUUCCGGACAUUUAAUAUGAAAGUCAUUGCGGGCGAGCAUGAUUUGCUGGUGGAACAAAAAGAAAGUGAUUGUGUUUUCACGUUUGAUUUCUCCAAGGUGUACUGGAACUCGCGGCUGUCCACUGAGCACGGACGGCUAAUCAAGAUGUUCAAACCGGGAGACGCUGUUUGCGAUGUCAUGGCUGGCGUGGGGCCUUUUGCCGUGCCCUCAGGUAAAAAGCAAUGCAUAGUCUUUGCCAACGAUUUGAACCCGGAAAGUUAUAAAUACCUCAAGCUGAACGUGAAAAAAAAUAAGGUCGACAGCUUCGUCAACUAUUUCAAUGAGGACGGAAGAGAGUUCAUCAGAAAAUCUUCAAGCAUGCUUGCUCACUUUGCAGAAGAACACAAGCAGAUUGAGGUGUGCAAACCAAACGCGCGCGGAACAAAGAAACACAAGGUCACCAAAGUUGAGAUUCCAGGCUUUUUCUCGCACUAUGUCAUGAACCUGCCGGAGUCUGCCAUAACGUUUGUGGAUGCGUUCGUGGGUCUUUUUUCCAAUGCUUUUCCAGAGCUGACGCGCAGAGAGGUGAAAAGCCUGCCAGGAUACAAAUUGCCGGUCAUCCACGUCCACCACUUUGAGAAAUUCGCACCGACCGAAAAUCCAGAGCCGACUGAGCAAGAACUGCAGCACAGAAUCCACCGCAAAUUAGUGGACCUUCUAAAAUUUGAGAUUCCUUUCGAAAACCUCUCCUUCCACUACGUCAGACUGGUAGCCCCUACUAAACCCAUGUUCUGUGUCUCUUUCACACUGCCAGAGGAGGUCGCGUUCGCCGCAUCAGAGAAAAAAUAG